AUGUUCGGGAGGCGCGCGUUGGAAGGAGUUCCGGGUCACCCGGAGACGAGGAUGGUGGGCGACGAUCUACAGUACGGGAGUCGCGGGAAGGUUUACUGCAGCAAUCUGCUGCAGGUACUGGGGGUUCUGAGUUUUAUGCCCAACUAUUUGAAUUUGGUUCGGUGGGUCGAUGAAGAAUGGCCAGUAACGAUAAGCCAGUUACCACCCGAACUGGGUGGUCACUCAGUCUGUAAGUUUGUUUGCCAUUACAUGAAAUAA